AGUAGUAAUAGUAGUUGUUCUUGUAGUAGAAGUAGUAGGAGUAGGCUGAUAGUAUGUAUAUAUAAGUAUUAGUAUUAGUAUUAGUAGUAGUAAUAGUAGUGGUAGUAGUAGUGGUAGUAGCAGUAGUAGCAGCAUCAGUGCCACAAGCUCCCCCCAUCAGUGCCAGGAAGCAACUAAGCCUCGCCGUCAUUUUCUGGCACUCAACACAAAGGAGGCACCUCAACAGGCCGUCAUUCUGGAGCAGGGAGAGCCACGCCCCCUUCCCAUCCGCCCCUCCCAUUGGCUAACGCUCACACAACCCUGCACGCUGAUUGGCUCUCGUUCCCAACAUGGCGGCGGUAGGAGCGCUUUCAUUACCUAACACACAAAAAUAAUCCCACUUUUUAAUUACGAAACACGGGACUAAGCACAUAUAAAGAGGUUCCAGUAUGUAUUAAUGAGGUACUAGUAUGUAUUAUGUAUGGAUAGUGUGUAGUAAGGGAGUGUAAGGGAGUUUGUGUGUCUAUGAAUGCUGCAAUGUUGACAAAUAUGACGCACGUGGGAGGGGCGAGUCAGCUGAGAGGAGGGAGAGACUGGCAGUCGAGAAGGAGCAUUCAGGGAGGAUGGAAGUGUGCCCCGCCUCACCCCCGCGGCCCUACGCCAUCACCUCGCCUUCCAUAUUAGAGUUCAACCAGAUGUGGCAGGACCUGGAGUCAGUCUUGAUGGAGGAGGCAGGAGUGGCGGCCCCCCAGCACCUCCCCGCCCCCCAGGCCCCCCUCCCGCUGCCCCCCACUCCCCCGGGCUCAGAGACGGAGGGCGAGGGGGGCGGGGUGGCUGCCCUCCCUCCCAUCACGGCGGCCUUCCCCCACCACCACCCACAACAGUACCUGGAGCCCCCCCCUCCCCCGCCCCCCACCCACUAUUACUAUUACUACCACCCACAGCCCCCCCAUACUCAGCCCCCCGCCACCCCCGGCCAGUACUCGCCCCCCCAGCAGCCCCCCGCCGCCCCCACCACACACGUUACCCCCACCACCAGUCCCACACACCCCGCCCCCCCCCCCUGCACCACCACCAUCACCACUACUACCUACCCCGCCUACCCCCCCGCCCCGCCCCUCUACCAGUACUGGGGGGGCGGGGGGCUGGUGCUGACGCCCCCCUCGUCUCCCCGCGCCCCGGGCCUGGUCGCCGCCCCCGUGCUGUGCCCCCCUGCGCUGCCCCCCUCGGCCGCCGCCCCGCCGCGCCCCCGCCGCCGCCGCAGCCGCCGCCGCGUGGUGAUCCACACGUGCCCGCAGCCGGCCUGCCUCAAGACCUACACCAAGUCUUCCCACCUCAAGGCGCACCUGCGCACGCACACGGGCGAGAAGCCGUACACGUGCCGGUGGCGCGGCUGCGGCUGGCGGUUCGCGCGCUCCGACGAGCUGACGCGACACUACCGCAAGCACACGGGCGACCGGCCCUUCCAGUGCAGGCUGUGCGAGCGAGCCUUCUCGCGCUCCGACCACCUCAGCCUGCACAUGAAGCGGCACUCCGCGGCGGCCUCGGCGGUGCUGGCGCCGUGACCUGCACGCAGCUACCACCGCCACCACCACAACCUGUACCAGCCUGACCCUCCUCGCCGUGACCCCGGCCUGCACGACACAUGACUCAGCAGCAGGUCGUGGCAGGCUCCAGGCUGACUCUCUACCCCUUCCCCCAGUGCUGCACGCCCCUCUCCCCCGUGUGGGUGUGCGCCUCUCCCCCGCGUCCUGGGUGUAGUAGUUGUAGUGUUUUGUUAUAUACGUCAAUAAAUUAUUCUUCA